UGUGGGUUCCUGCCUACAUGAGACACAUCUUCUGGGCAGGAAGUAAGACGACUCAGUGUGUUAAAAGCAUUAACUCUUUCUUUGAUGGCUUCCUCAACAAGCACACACGGUUGUUUGAGUUUGGGCCAAAAUACAUCCAAGCAAUGGUGUCAAGAGCAAAUGAUAAGCAACCAGCUGAUGCUGCUGAUCAGCGGUUUUCUCGACCACUUAUCACUGGUUUUAUGCCCGAACGGUUUUUCAGAAAAAUCUACACAGAUGCAAAGUUUUUGGAUGUCCAAGAAGAAUGCAAUAGGGUGACCCCGUUGCAAAAGGUCAUCAAUUCUGAUGUUGAAACUGUUACCCAUAUGAUUGAGGAAAGAGUGUGGGUCUUGUGCAAGGAUACUCGGAUAGAAUUUCGGACUCAAUAUACGAGGAUAUAUCAUGUGAAAAUGCACGCAAAAACCAGUGAAGCUUAUUGCAACUACAAGCAUUUUGAAACUCAUGGCAUUAUAUGUCAUCAUAUCAUUAAGGUUUCGGAUAUGCAUAAGGUGACUAUUGUCCCUAAAAAGUCUGUCUUACCCGCUGGCACAAGGAUGUUUUGAGAAAGCACACUAGGGUCAAGGUCGCUUACCAUGAUCCUUCUAAGACGGAAAAGGCAAGAAGGUAUGAUGAAAUGAUGGUAGCUUUUGAGCAUGUAUGCAUUAAGGCAUAUGCAGUGGCUGAUUGUGUCCCUAUAGUUAUCGAGUCACUUCAGUAGUUGGACAUCAACUUGGAUACCAUAGCCACUACAGCAGGCAUAUCUGGUGUCACACCAAGUAAGAAAACUCAACCUAAAUCAAUCAAGAAAUCUCCUGCUUCCUCUAAAAAGAAAUCUCCAAAGCUUGUGAACACCAAGAGAAAAGGGACUGUCACCGAGACAGAGAAUCAGUGUGCUUUUAAUGUUUCUCCUUCCUAUUUUGAGAGUGGUUCUCCAUCUACUGAUGUGUUGGUCAAUGACCCCGUUUCUCUCAAAAAACCUCAUAGAAAUUUAAGUUGCAGGUACUGGUCUUGUGUAGAGAGGCCUAAACUGCGAUCUCCGGUCAAGGCCAAGUCCAACAGAAAAAGGCACUACACCCUCAGGUUACUUGCAACAAUAAGAUGUUCAUGUAUAACAUUUUUGCUUCUAAUAUCACUUACUAAUGGUAUAAUUAUGUGCAAGAGAGCUCUAAUGAAGUACCUCGCUUGUCUGCUUGUGGCAUUGAGAUGCUGACUGAAGAUGGUUCAGUUGGGUACUUCACUAGCACAGUGGAAGCGGAGUCCUAUGGUUUUGUGUUGUGUUUUGAAGAUGAUGAAGGUUGUGAAGAUGAUCUUCUCACCCAACAUUAUCUGGUUUGGGUAUAAACUAUAGUUUCUGUGUAAUUUUUUGGAUGUUAAAGGAUAGGUGAAAAUUAGGGAAUAAUAUUUUUUGGAGCAUUUGUAGGUGGGCAGUCAUUUUUUGGACUUUGCCCCUGGAAGAGGUUUAUUUUUUGGUGUGUUUGCUUUGGUUGAACACACGAGUCUAACAACUAUGCAGCUGACAGUUAACUUAGAACUAGUUAAGAGGGAUGUAUAUCUAAUCCCUACCCCCCUAAUCCUUUUGAACAUUGAAGUACCUCUAAUGGUCUUAAUUGACAACAUUUGUAACCUUUUGUGAACAGCUAC